UAGUCGUGAUACAAAACGCUCAAAAUGUCUUUAGAUGUAAAUAUAAGUGAGCCUGAAGAAUUUGAUUGUGUAGAACUUCAUACUUGUCUGAAAAGUGUAGCAGAAAGAUUGGGGAUUGGAAAUUUCGAAUACCACGUGGAUUACAUCAGUGGAGGACGUGAGAAUUUUGUGGCAAACAUCUUUAGGGUCGUGAUAAGAGAUACAGAUAAAAAUGAAAUUCAAAGUGUUAUAGUGAAAACAUUAGUGAAUACAACAAGGCAAGAACUGUUCCAUGAUAUACAUAAGCGAGAAGUGACUGUUUAUAAUGACAUUUUACCGAGGUUCAAGGAAGUGCAAGAAAAAAUUGAUGCUGAAAAGAGGGUAUUGCUUCCUGAAUGCUUGUAUUCUAAUGCAGAUAGGAGUAAGGAAAUUAUAAUAUUAAGAGAUUUGAGUGAAUCUGGAUUUGUUGGUGAUGACACUUUAGCAGAGUUUAAAGAACUGAAUCUUAAUCAAGUUCAGCUAAUUUUGACUGAAUUAGCUAAAUUUCACGCUCUCUCUUUUGUGUUAGAAAACCAAGAUUAUGAAGAUUAUUGCAAAAUCAAAGUCAAGUUUGAGGAUAUACUGUAUCAAGAAAAUUUUCUUUGCAAAAGCAAGCUAAGGAAUUAUUUCUUCGAGUCUUACGAUAUGUCGGUGAAUUUGGUAACAGAUAGUGAAGCUAGAAAGAAAUUACUGAAAGCCAGACCGAAGUUGUUGGAACUGUUGAAAAUGUAUAAUCAACCGUCGAAGCACAGUGUCUUAUGCCACGGUGACUUGUGGGUAAACAACAUGCUGUUUAAAAAGGAAUCUGACCACUCCAAAAUCUGUUUCAUAGACUUCCAAGCUAUGCGGUGCGCCAGCCCAGCUACCGACAUUGUGUAUUUUAUGUACCUCUGCACCACCUCCAAAUUCAGAUCUGAACAUUUCAAGCAACUUCAAUCUGAUUAUUACGACACGCUAAAUUCAACUCUAAAAGAUUAUGACAUAAAUGUCAAUUUAGUGUAUCCUAGAGACGAAUUUGAGAAGGAUGUCCGAGAAAAUUUGCCGUUAGGCUUGUUGAUAGCAUUGGUGGAAUUGAGGAUACUAACUUUGACACCUGAGGAUGAGGCGGUGAUGAAGGGUAAUGCGAACAUACCUGGGUGGGACUGGAUACCAGGUGAAGUUGAGUUGUAUAAGUAUAGAGUCAAUGAUAUAGUUGACGAGUCAGUUGAAAAUGGUGUUUUAGAACUACUUAUGAGUAAAGUAAAUGUAUAAAUAUUUAAAUUGUAU